AAGGAUCCAAUCCUCUGAGACUCUGGGGGUGGAAAAUGUGUUUACUAAUAAGCCCGUAGGUAAUUUAUACGUAACAAGCUUUGAGUGAAGAAUAUUAACAAAGCAAAAAAUGUUUGCAAAAUUAAAAAGGAACCGCCGAUGUGAAAAUACUUUUUUCCUUAGCUAUUAAUCAGUUACCCAUCAGGUAAUGUUGCUAUCCUCAUUAGCUAUGUAAAAGAAUUUCAGUUCACAUACAUCGUUCUACAGGACAACCUAUCAUACGAAAUGCAGGCCUGUUUUGCAAAUCAGGGCUUUGCAGUAUGCUACCACCGUAACGGGAAGAUCUGGUUGAAUCUAGACCUCUGCCUUGGCUCGUACUUUGACCGGAAGGGAGUUAGGAAGAAACACUGGAAUUGGUGGGACAAGACCAGCCACAUCCAUGCACCUCCUUUCCAACCCAUCUACAUUCAAUUGAAUCUUUACAUCCAGCUGAAAGAUCCAGACCUCCUGAAGUUUCUUCAGAGACCUGCAUCCUCGGGACAGCUAGUUGGCUCCGAGAUUCUACUGAUAAGAAGGCUCUUAGCCAGCAUGCAGAAUCUACUGAAAGAGCUGUGUCUCAUUCCACCUGAAGAAACCAAAUACUUCUAUUUCCUCGUGUCAGACAUGUAUGACCAUGUACAUCGCCGACAGAAAAUGAGAAUGCGAUCUAUACAAAAAUGACUGCAUACCUGUUAUUUAGGGACAGCUGCUGAGCUACUUUCCAUGUUAAAACAAGUAAACUUGACUUCAGUCAUUGUAAGUUUA